AGGAAUGGCCACAAGCGCAGCCCCUGUGUUACAUCUUCCAAGUUUCCAAGCACCCAGAGUAAAGAGAAAACUCCUACCUUCAAUAUUUACAAAACCAAGGGAAGGACACUGAUUGGCCAAAUUGGACUCAAGAAUAUUCUCUGCCUACUCUUCUGGCUAGGCAGAUAUGGUAUUUGACUGGCAGCACCACCAAUUACAUGGUUGGAGUGAAGAAGGAGCAGUUUUCCAGAGGAAUGGUGGUGAAGAGAGAUCAUCAUUCAGGUCAUCAUGAUCUAAGGCCAAAAAACAAAACAAACAAAAACUUGCUUGGAUUGACUGAAUACAAUUCUUAAAAGUAAAUAUGGAAAAUGAACCAGACCAUGAAAAUGUGGAACAGAGUCUCUGUGCCAAGACUACUGAAGAAGAACUGAAUAAAUCCUUCAAUCUAGAAGCUUCGCUUUCCAAAUUCUCUUACAUAGAUCUGGAUAAGGAACUGGAGUUCAAAAAUGAUCUGAUUGAUGACAAGGAGUUUGAUAUUCCUCAAGUUGAUACUCCUCCAACACUGGAAAGCAUACUAAAUGAGACUGAUGAUGAAGAUGAGUCCUUUGUUCUUGAGGAUCCUACAUUGUUAAACAUUGAUACUAUUGAUUCUCACUCCUAUGAUACUUCAUCUGUGGCAAGCUCAGAUAGCGGUGACAGGACCAACUUAAAAAGAAAGAAGAGAUUACCUGAUUGUUUUUCACUCCAUGGAUCAGUUAUGCGACAUUCACUUUUGAAGGGAAUCUCUGCCCAGAUAGUGUCUGCAGCUGACAAAGUUGAUGCUGGCUUGCCUACAGCAAUUGCAGUGUCCAGUCUGAUAGCAGUGGGUACAUCUCAUGGAUUGGCUUUAAUAUUUGAUCAGAAUCAAGCUUUGCGACUCUGUCUGGGUAGCACUAGUGUUGGAGGUCAGUAUGGAGCCAUCUCUGCCCUCAGUAUUAACAAUGACUGCUCAAGACUUCUCUGUGGCUUUGCUAAAGGACAGAUUACUAUGUGGGAUUUGGCCAGUGGAAAACUUCUAAGAUCAAUAACAGAUGCUCAUCCUCCAGGAACAGCAAUAUUGCAUAUUAAGUUUACAGAUGAUCCAACUCUUGCAAUUUGCAAUGACAGUGGAGGCUCUGUUUUUGAAUUGACAUUUAAGAGAGUGAUGGGAGUGAGAACCUGUGAAUCUAGAUGCCUCUUCAGUGGUUCCAAGGGUGAAGUGUGCUGUAUUGAGCCUCUCCAUUCUAAGCCUGACUUGAAAGAUCAUCCCAUCACACAGUUUUCCUUACUGGCCAUGGCAUCCUUAACCAAGAUACUGGUCAUUGGGUUGAAACCAUCCUUGAAAGUGUGGAUGACUUUUCCCUAUGGACGGAUGGACCCUUCUAGUGUCCCACUGCUGGCUUGGCACUUUGUGGCGGCUCAUAAUUAUGUGAAUCCCAUGCUUGCUUUCUGCAGAGGGGAUGUUGUUCAUUUCCUUUUGGUUAAGAGAGAUGAAUCUGGAGCAAUACAUGUUACUAAGCAAAAGCAUCUUCACCUAUACUAUGACCUCAUCAACUUUACUUGGAUAAACUCACGCACAGUUGUACUCUUGGACAGCGCCGAGAAGUUGCAUGUGAUUGAUCGGCAAACUCAAGAGGAACUGGAAACAGUGGAGAUCUCAGAAGUUCAGCUGGUCUAUAAUAGCAGCCAUUUCAAAUCACUAGCCACCGGAGGAAAUGUUAGCCAAGCACUGGCUUUGGUUGGAGAGAAGGCUUGCUAUCAAUCCAUCAGUAGCUAUGGUGGACAGAUCUUUUACUUGGGGACCAAAUCUGUUUAUGUGAUGAUGCUGAGGAGCUGGAGAGAGAGAGUGGAUCAUCUCCUGAAACAAGAUUGUCUUACAGAAGCCUUGGCUCUUGCAUGGUCUUUCCAUGAAGGAAAAGCAAAAGCGGUUGUGGGAUUAUCAGGGGAUGCCAGUAAGCGAAAGGCUGUUGUUGCAGAUCGAAUGGUAGAAAUCCUAUUCCAUUAUACAGAUCGAGCUCUGAAAAAGUGCCCAGACCAGGGAAAAAUCCAAGUGAUGGAGCAGCAUUUUCAGGAUAUGGUGCCUGUCAUAGUUGAUUACUGCCUUCUGCUACAGCGAAAAGAUCUUUUAUUCAGCCAGAUGUAUGACAAAUUAAGUGAGAAUUCAGUGGCCAAAGGAGUGUUUUUGGAGUGCCUUGAGCCAUAUAUUUUAAGUGAUAAAUUGGUGGGGAUCACACCCCAGGUAAUGAAAGACUUAAUUGUUCAUUUCCAAGAUAAAAAAUUAAUGGAAAGUGUGGAAGCUCUCAUUGUACAUAUGGAUAUCACCAGCUUAGAUAUUCAGCAGGUAGUUCUCAUGUGUUGGGAAAAUCGUCUCUAUGAUGCUAUGAUCUAUGUUUACAACAGAGGCAUGAAUGAAUUUAUUAGUCCAAUGGAGAAACUUUUCAAAGUCAUUGCUCCUCCUCUGAAUGCAGGAAAGACACUAACAGAUGAGCAAGUUGUUAUGGGCAACAAGCUCCUUGUAUAUAUUAGCUGUUGUCUAGCAGGUCGUGCCUAUCCCCUUGGUGACAUCCCAGAAGAUCUUGUUCCUUUGGUUAAAAACCAGGUUUUUGAAUUUCUAAUUCGCCUGCAUUCAGCAGAAGCUUCCCCUGAGGAAGAAAUCUAUCCCUAUGUUCGGACUUUGCUACAUUUUGACACACGAGAAUUUCUAAAUGUAUUGGCACUGACUUUUGAAGAUUUUAAAAAUGACAAGCAAGCUGUAGAAUAUCAACAACGUAUUGUGGAUAUAUUGUUGAAAGUUAUGGUGGAGAAUUCAGAUUUUACUCCCUCACAAGUAGGGUGUCUCUUUACAUUCCUUGCCCGGCAGCUUGCAAAGCCCGACAAUACCUUGUUUGUAAACAGAACCCUUUUUGAUCAGGUUCUUGAAUUCCUCUGUAGUCCUGAUGAUGAUUCCCGACACUCUGAAAGACAGCAGGUCCUUUUAGAAUUGCUGCAGGCUGGAGGCAUAGUUCAAUUUGAGGAGAGUCGGCUCAUCCGUAUGGCAGAAAAAGCAGAGUUCUAUCAAAUUUGUGAGUUUAUGUAUGAACGAGAACACCAAUAUGACAAAAUUAUUGAUUGUUACUUACGUGACCCACUAAGAGAGGAAGAAGUCUUUAACUACAUUCACAAUAUCUUAUCCAUUCCUGGACACAGUGCAGAGGAGAAGCAGUCUGUAUGGCAGAAAGCAAUGGAUCACAUUGAGGAACUUGUGUCCCUGAAGCCUUGUAAAGCUGCAGAGCUGGUUGCUACUCACUUUUCUGAACAGAUUGAAACAGUCAUUAAAAAACUACAGAACCAGGUUUUGCUUUUCAAAUUUUUGCAGAGUCUUCUUGACCCAAGGGAAGGUGUUCAUGUAAAUCAAGAGUUGCUGCAGCUAUCUCCCUGUAUUACAGAGCAGUUCAUUGAGCUGUUGUGUCAGUUCAGCCCAAACCAGGUCAUAGAGACAUUGCAAGUCCUUGAGGGCUACCGCCUAGAAGAAACUAUCCAGAUUACCCAGAAGUAUCAACUUCAUGAAGUCACUGCCUAUCUAUUAGAAAAGAAAGGAGAUAUUCAUGGUGCCUUCUUAAUAAUGCUAAAGAGACUACAAAGCAAACUUCAAGAGAUAACUCACCAAGAUACCAAAGAGGAUGAUCCCUCAUUGAAGGAUGUUGAAGAUACCAUGGUAGAGACAAUUGCCCUUUGCCAGAGAAAUUCACAUAAUUUGAACCAGCAGCAAAGAGAGGCACUCUGGUUUCCGUUAUUGGAGGCAAUGAUGGCCCCUCAGAAGCUGUCCAGUUCAGCUACACCUCACCUGCACUCCGAAGCUUUGAAAUCUUUGACCAUGCAAGUUCUAAACAGCAUGGCAGCAUUUAUUGCCCUUCCAUCAAUCUUGCAAAGAAUCUUACAGGAUCCAGUUUAUGGAAAAGGAAAACUUGGAGAAAUCCAGGGACUUAUUCUGGGAAUGUUGGAUACCUUUAACUAUGAACAAACCCUGCUGGAAACAACUACUAGCCUUCUAAACCAAGAUCUCCACUGGUCACUGUGUAACCUGAGAGCUUCUGUCACCAGAGGACUGAAUCCCAAGCAGGACUACUGCUCUAUAUGUUUGCAGCAGUAUAAGAGACGCCAAGAAAUGGAUGAUGAAAUUAUCGUCUUUAGCUGUGGCCAUUUGUAUCACUCAUUCUGUCUGCAAAACAAAGAGUGCACCAUAGAAAUUGAGGGGCAAACAAGAUGGACAUGCUACAAAUGCAGCUCAAGUAACAAAGUAGGAAAAUUAAGUGAAAAUUCAUCGGAAGUCACAAAGGGAAGGAUAACUCCAUCUCAGGUAAAAAUGUCUCCAUCCUGUCAUCCAUCCAAAGGGGAUCCUGCUGUUAAGAAAGCAACCUCAGAACCUGUUCUGGAUCCACAGCAAAUCCAAGCAUUUGAUCGGCUUUGUCGUCUCUACCGAGGAAGUUCCAGGCUGGCUCUCCUUACAGAACUGUCCCAGAGCCGAGGCAGUGAGAACUACAGGCCAUUUGGUGGCUCCCAGAGUGACCCUGCUUUCAGCAGCAUCUUCCAGAACGAGAACUUCCAGUUGCAGCUCAUUCCCCCGCCUGUAACUGAGGACUGAGGCCUCCAAGACCAGAGACGAUCCCAAGGCAACUGGGGGUGACCCCUCUCGACUGGCUUGGCCCCCACUGCCUCCCACACUUCUGAGCAGAGGGUCCAAGGUGGAGGCUUUCUCCAUGCCCAUCACUCCUGAGGGAGGCUCCCUCCCCGACUCUUCCAUGAUGUUGCCACAGCAUCGAUUCACCAGACUAGUUGAUUCUGUUUUGCUUGUUAAGCAAAGGAAUGUCACAUGCCUCCAUCCAGCUUUUUGAGAAAAUGUGCUUUGCUGUUGGGACUUUUUUGUUUCCCCGGAAGCCUAGAGAAUAGGUGGAGUUCAUGCAGAUGGCAUCGGAGUCUGUCAUAUUCGUCUCCUUCAGCUGGCAGGUAACAUGGAGGGACUUCAGCUUCUGCUGCUGUUGGGAACAGUGUGGGCCAGGUUGCAGCAUAGCUGAAACCUGCACUGGAGGGAGCCACGGACCUGUGGGGUGGCGGCAUCUCCCUUUUGAUGUGUUUAUGUUAAAACCCAUCUGAGUGUAAGAUUUUCCCUUUCUAAUAAAUGCCUCUGUGUUUAAGUUC